AUGUUUUUUCAAUUAGUGCUCUGCCUGGGGAUAUGGUUCACUGGCCUUGUCGUCCUGCUGUUGCGAAGCAAUCCGACCUUCUAUCCCGUGGCCAUGACAGGAGGCGUUCUGUGGUGCUCCGGAAAUUGCCUCACGGUGUACAUCAUCAAGCAGAUUGGAUUGGGCCCAGGACUGGUAACAUGGGGCACAGCGGCUCUCAUCAUCGGCUGGGUCACGGGAUUCUUUGGCCUCUUCGGCCUCCCCAGCGAGCAGAGCUGUCUGGAGAAGCCAUGGCUCAACGUUGUUGGCGUUGUGCUUGCGAUGUGCGCUCUCGGGGUGAGUACGCUCGUGAGGAAGAGUACUCCCCAGAAGCCGCUGCUAAUCGAUGCUGGACGGGUGCCACCAACGAUCAGCGAGGAUGUUGAGGAAAGCCCAGCGAGGGCUUCUGCGGGUCGGGCCAAGGGUGUGCUGGCGAGCUUGGUGGCCGGAACAUGCUACGGCCUCAACUUCCUGCCGUCCACAUGGAUCCAGAACCAUGUCGCUGGAGCAUCUCAAGACGGACUGGACUAUGUUUUCAAUCAGUUUUGCGGCAUCAUGGCUGCCUCCAUAGUGUACUUCCUGAUGUACUGCGGCUGGAAGAACAACCGUCCGCAGAUCAACCCCGAGAUCAUGCUUCCCGGGUUCAUUUCGGGAGUCAUGUGGGCCAUAGCACAAUCCUGCUGGUUCGUUGCAAAUGUUGAUCUGGGGUAUGCAGCGGCUUUCCCCAUCAUCUUGAUCGGCCCUGGCUUGGUUGGAUCCUUAUGGUCGGUGUUCCUCUUCAAGGACAUUUGUGGAGUUCGGAAUCAUCUUCUGCUCACGGGCUACUUUGUGCUGGCCGCAGCUUCCUGUGCCUGCAUCGUCGCCUCGCGGAAGAGUGGCGGCUCAUGCGGAUGA